GUCUGUAGUAUACUACUUGAUCUGUGAAAUAGAAUCAAUGUGUGAAAAUUGAAAAUUAAAUAUGUUACCAAGGGAUAUCCAAGAAAUAUUUUCGUUUUAAUUGGUUUUGUUUAAUUGACAUUCUAUAAAACUUUGAUGUAUCGUUCUACCGAUCUUCAAUAUGUACACAACGGAGUAAUUAUCUAAUUAAUAGCAGGAGGAUGUAAUAUUCAUUAAGAAUAUUCUGUGAUCGUGAUUCGAGAAUACUCAUGAUAGGGGAUUUUUAAAGUGUCACAGUUACUUAGGCACUUUAAUGCUGGUGAUGUUGUUUUAAGUACCUACCUCUUUUGAAAGUCACAGCACAUAAGCGACUAUAGGACUGGUUCAUCGGUUUAUGGGGUCUUCAAUAUGGAGACAAUAUCAAACACAUCUCAAGGAGACAGCAGUGUAAAAAGUGAUGACAGUAGUCCCCAACAUGAGAGUGGGAGAAGUUCACCUCCUCCAAACUGUGCAAUAUGUCUGGGAACAUGUAAAAAUAAAUCUUUUACAGACUCCUGUCUGCACCAGUUUUGCUUUAGAUGUAUUUUGAAGUGGAGUAAGGUCAAGGCAGAAUGUCCACUAUGUAAACAAAUUUUUAAAUCAAUCAUUCAUAAUGUACGUUCUAAUCAUCAGUAUGAAGAGUACAUGGUUGAACAAAGAAAUCAAGUUGAGGAUAUUGAGAGAAUUGAACUUGACAAUUUAACAAAUGCCACACAGAGAUUUAGAUACAGGACAACGCUAACAUUGCCGUAUCGAGAUUCAUGGGCGAUAGAACAGAUUUUGUCGAAUUACCGGACAGCUGCUCGUCGACCACCACCCGCUCACAGACGUCGUCCACCUUCCUUUUUUCGUCGAACUGUCUAUCGUCACAACCUCUGGGCUCGACCCCUCCCAGACUUCACGGGCAGAUACCGAGACUGUGCACCAGACUUCUAUAGGUGUAAUGACUCACAAAUGCACCGUUUAGUGCCUUGGUUAAGUAGAGAACUCCAUUACUUACUAAAUGAAAAUGUUGGACAUAUAUCCUAUGUGAUGACUCAAAUAAUGGAUUUGCUUCCCCGAUAUCAUAUUAAUUCCACAGAAUUCCGAGAAGCAAUGCAAAGGUAUUUUGGGGACAGGACAGAGCAUUUUUUACACGAAUUAUAUUGUUUUGCAUCAACACCUUAUGAUAUGGCAGGAUACGACAGGAAUGUUCAAUACACAACUGAUUCCCGAGUAUCGACGAUAGUCAACGAGGUGAUUUCGAGUUCUGAUAAUGACUCCAGCCUCGAUUCCGAGGUAAAUAUGGAUGAUUAUUUACGUCAUUUCCCACUCGAUGCACCACCUGGGCCGUCUCGAGGGCCCGCACCAGUCUACCCUCAACCCAAUAUUUCAAAUCCAUCAACAAAUGAUGUAAUUCCAAUAGAGACUAUAUCACAUUCUGAUUCUGAUGAUAACUCUGAAGUAAUGGUUGUGGGAUAUAUUAAGCCCCCACAUGCGCGCACUCCGGAAGUAGUAGAUCUGCUGGAGUCCGACAGCGAUGUCGUCAUCGAAGAAGACGCUCAACCGCCGCGGCCCAUCGUGCCUCCGCAGGCGAGUCAAACUCAAGAAAUCCGACCAGUGCCCUUGGUCAAACUCACUUUGAAACAACACCAUCCGCCCUCCACAACUGCACCCUCCCUCUGUCCCUCCGCCCAACGAGCCCGCGCGCCUUCCGACUCUGACGAUAGCACUUACACCCCGCCCUUAUCCCAAUAUGGAACUUAUCCGUCUCACAGUUCCGACAGUAGGUCUCCCGUUAGUGCAACUUCUACGUCGUCUGAAUCAGAUUUAAUUUCAAGUAGUUCCUCAUCUUCGACUGAUAUUGUUUCAUAUUAUAGUGAUUCGAGUAGUGACUCUUAUAAACCGCGUCCGCAAAAAAUUAGAAAAAAGAAGACCAAACGAAAAUCAAGUAAAAGUGAUAGAACAAAAAAAAAGAUAAAGAGACCAAAAAAAGAAAAAAAGUCAAAAACGAAAACUGUAGAAACUAAACAAAGUAAUCGUAAAUCGUACUCUGGUAAAGGCGUCAAAUCAUCCAAAAGUGCCGGUACAGCGGCGAGUACGAGUUCAGGAAAAUCUCAAACUUCUACAGAUCAACCCAGUACUAGUGGAACACAGAAUAGUCGUAAGCGUAACGCAAGGAAAGCAGAGGACAGAAUUAGUUGUGAGAGCAAAAGACUGAAAAGUGCUGUUUCUGUUGUGAGUAAUCAAAGGCAUUUAAGGAGUUCCACUUGCAGUGAAGCGUCGAGUCACGCAAACAGUUCCAAAUCUUAUGCAGAUGGUAAUCCAAGCCAAUGCAAAGAAAAAGGCACUGAUCGAGGCCCUAACACAAUUGUUAAUAAAAAUUCCGAUGUUUCUGAUACUGAGUUAAAUGUGCCACGUAAUAUUACUGACAGUUUUUAGUACAAUACAUUAAAACUAGCAUUACUGUGAUAACUAGGAUUUUGGGAGCUGGUCGCCGUGUCUGCUAGAGCCUCUACACAAAUGUAAUGUAUAGCAAUUAUAUCUGUACUACUAUGUUAGCAUUAAGUAGUUUUUUGUAUCGCGGGUUGUAUUUUGAUUGUUUCACCAGAUAUGUAUUUUUUAUUUAAGACUGGGGAAAAAAAUAAUGCAUUGAAAAAAAAUUUUAAAAAUUCCAUUAGUUUUUUGUUUCACAUGUAUUUUAAUGAUUGAAAUUAGACAUUUUAUUAUAUAUAUUAUGAAUGAAAAUAUAUAAAAUUCAAGAUACAGGUGCACAAAUUACAGAAGACUCAAGAACAUAGUUUGAACUAAUGCUGGGGUAACUGCACAAAACAUAAUUGGCCUUAUAAAUCAUACCAGCAACAAAAAGUAAAUUAAAAUAACAUUUUAAUAAAUUACCUUAAUUAUUCAGUCAUAGAAAAACUAAUCCAGUUAUAGCUUAACAAUGUUUAAAUUUGAUUAAAUAUAUUUUCUUAUAAAUUAUUAUUCUUUAAAAUAUUUUUCGUUUAAGUUUUGUCGUAUAAACAAGUUUAAAAUCUUUUCUUAACAAUCAACAUAGCAAUUGAACACGUAGAGUCAAUUUGUACUAGCGCAGAGUCGAAGCGUCAAAUUGUUUACAACUAAAGCGAAGAAAAGUAGGUUCGUUAGCGGGUGCGACGAAAGUAUGCGUUAUGCUUCGCAGUUCAGGUUAAAUUUGUUAUGUUCAGUUUUGGAUGGACGCUUCGAUGCGCUUCUACUAUACGCUAGUAUAAAUUCACAAUUAAUUUAGUACAAGGUAUUACUUUUAAUUUGGUCGGAUUCGUUUAUAUGUGAAUAAUAUAUACAAUAAACUAUGUAUAAAUAAAAUCAAUGUGUCUCCUAUGCUCGUAAACUUGCAAAUAUUUUUAUAUCUAAAUACACCAGAAUCAUUGAUCUAUUUAAGAAAAUAGGAAAUAUGUUGCUGUAUGUAUUUAAAUGAGUGGUUUAGUUGUGCCAGUGAUACUGAGCAACUUAUUUUAAUAUAAACAGUAAAUUUCAUUCAAGAUUUAAAUAUUUAUAAAUUAGAUCUAUGCCAGUAAACACGGUUAACUCAAAGGUUGAGUCUGAUUGCGGAAAAUGAGUCCACCUACCUACCUAACUACUAUAAUAAAAUCUACGAAAUCACAAAUGGUAAAAGAUUAAUGAAUUGAUUAUAUUUUUAUUAUAUAUUUUAUACUUAAUGUCCUCAACGUUACGUGUAAAUUGUAGUAAUUGAAAAUGAAUUUUGCGCAGUAUCCUUGCGCCACUGAUACCCUUGUAUAAAUUAGCUUUAGAGGUACCGGCUCGCCUUUAAUGCCUAUCUAUGUGUAAAUAUAAUUUUGAUCAAAUAAAUUAUUACGUUUGUAUAAAGUUAGAUUCA